GCAAGAGACACGCAACAGAAAGAACAUCAGUGAGCAGGAAAGAGCAUCGGCAACGUAGCCGCGCGAAGUUCGCAGAUAAUCACUGCACGAAUGAACGACAGGCAGUAAACCUAGCGGAGAUGAGCUUUCAUCUAGCGCUGUUCGAUCGCCGCCGACGGUCUCAUCUCAAGUGGCGCUUUCUCAUCGCUAUAGCCGCUCUCACAAAAGCAAGAUCUAGGACGCUGGGAAAAAGUCGUAGGAAGCUGUCCGUAGGUAGAUCACUUUCCGUCGUUGCUAGCGGUGUCUACGCAUCAUGGCGGUCACGUUCAUUCAGACGAUCGAGAGACGCAAAGCUGGGCCGCGAUAUGUAUUUCGCCAGCGAGCUGAGUGAUUGUGUCUGCGUCUUGAAAUGUUCAUAGUUGAUAGAAACGUGCAUCACGCCUGGUAAAGCUGAGAAUACGAAGCGACGAAGAGGGUGUCGCCCUCCCCACAUGCUACGCGAGCCGAGCUGUCUUGCGCAGAUCCAGACAGGCGCGUUGAGUUCACAGUCACGUCCACGUUUGACACAAGGUUGUUUCACAUUUCAUUUCUCGCAAGAGCCGCAACUGGUUCUGCGAGCGUGUCAUCUUGACUCAAUCUUCGACUUAGACAUGCUUUCUUUGUGCGGGGGGGCCCUCCAACGGCGGCACCGCGGUCUAUCGCAAUAAAAUCAGCUAGCUGUUUCGCCGCCUUCCAGCGGAAGGCCGCGUGACUCUUGACCAAUUUCUUUUCAGCAAAAAAGAUUUUUUGCCUACCCUUGCAUAGAUGUUUAGCAACUUCUGCCGUCGCGGUGACAGCUUUUUUAGCGGCGUACUCUCCGGAAGUUGCCUGGCGCCCAACGCGGUCUUUGCUCAGUGUACCCCCGCUGUCUCGUUCUUCGCUUAGGAUGAAGAGAACAGAGCUUUGUAUCGCAGCCCUCGUGGCUGUUGGUGCGUUUGCUUUUACCUCACCAAAUGCAGUGGCGAAGAGCUUUGAGCGGAGCCUCGGCCACCUGGACGCGUCCUCGUUCUUGUCGUCUCCCCUCAAUUCGGAUGUGGAGCUCGGUAGGAGCACUUUCCCUGCUCAGUCACUGUCUUUCACUGAAGGCACCAACGAGACAAACCCACCGACAUCCCGGCCCCCAGGUUGGAAAUACGAAGGCAGCGACCUGCAGCGAAGAGUGGCGGCUCGACGGGAGGAACACAAAAAGCGUCAAGAAGAGUGGGAACAGAGGAAAGCCAGUCGACGCUCUGCACUCACUCCGAGUGCACCCGAUCCCGAUGGUGACGGUGAUCCAGCAACUUCAUUUCCAUCACAACGGAGACUCCUUGACCGUUGUCUUCAACAAUUCCGUGAACAACUCGUGGAUUUGGAGAAUCUCUGCAAGGGCAGCCCGGAACCUGAUGACUGCAGGUCGACGGUCCAAGAAAUCCUGGGGAAGCAGUCGUUUGGGGCUCUUCACACAACUGUCAUAAGUUUCUCCAUUUUCGUCAAUAGGGACCCUCGACGUUUGUCAUUUCCAGUCCUCGAUGCAACAGAUUUGCGCCUCACGGUCAAGCUCAAACAUCUCCUGGAUAGAAUUCCGGGAUGCGCAGCUCUCUCCCUGCCAGUAUACAUUGGGUUGGUCUCUUCGGACGUGUUCAAGAGCGAAGAAUUCACUAGAAAGGUAAAUCGAUGCUCGGAGGAUUUCGGCAGGAGCGCCAGAGAGGAGCCAAGCAGAGCUGGGAGGGCGGCUGCGGCUGUCAUUCGAUUCAUGGGACUUACGCCGGAGAGACAAACGUUCUACCAACCUUUCAUGUUCGUCACAACCCAGGCAGCAAUGCUGCUGUCGAUGGUUUUGAAACAUCCGUUUCUCUCGAUACUCGUAAACAUGGCCUGUGUAGCGGGGAGCCUUUGCCGCAAGGGAAUUCGAGAGGUACUCUUGCGAGCUCUUCGGGAGGCAGACUUCCUGACGGAGGAUGUGCCACUGGACUCCGCACCUCAGGAACUUGUGGACCAUCUCAAAGUGUACUUGAAACUACUUUUCUUAAGGAAAUACCGCAGGUUGAGGAGGCAAGCCGCUAAUGUUGCUGCCCAAGUUGUCUAUGCGAAUUCCUUGAGGCUAUUGUGAAGAGACUGCAGGCUAAAGGCGGUGGAAAACGCGCGAUUUCCAGUUUACCUGUCCAGUUACGUGUGGAUGCCGGUCGCACCGUGGAGUCUAUGUACUGCACACGAAGCCCGGGUGUCCCCAGAACGCAGUGGCCAUCUGUAACGAUUUAUUGUGCUUUGCCGGUGUUGGGUUGGCGAGCGAACAGAAAGAGGUUCAAAUCGGUGCGUCCCGAAGAAAUGCAGGACUUCGCGACCCAGUCAGAGUGUCAUUGCACGCAUUUUCUUCCUGGCACUGGAGAGGAAAAAGGAUAGGAAGCACCGAAAGCCAGACGGACAUGCCUUUUUUGCACGCUUUCCCGCGGGGUUCACGGAAGCCUGUCGCUGGUGAGCUGCUCAAGCGUUAUCCGCCGAGAGGAUACAAGAGGUCAAAGAAAAAGGGCAUUGCCUAUCGGACACGAGACGAGUACCCGAAGAAGCGUUAUCUCGGUUCUGUCAAAGAGCUGGAUUUGACGUGAAUCGAUAUCUGAAACAGGUUCUGUGUGUACUUUCUAGACAGAGCAAGUGACUGCCUUCUUCGGUGCCCCGCCCGCACUUGAUAUAAGUCGGCCAGUCACAGUUUUUUUAUUGUUUUUCUGUGUAUCGGCAAGAACACGUCGCCGCGGGAAAUCCCAGUGCGGUGGAGCUGCUUCACCUCGUUAACGUAGGGGCAGGGGUAGCCAGCUGGGUCUCGAUUUUGAGUGAGAAGCUUUUGGGGCUUGCGAUUCUGAACGAGUUUUUCGCUGAACGGCUACUGUCUGCCGUUCACACUGCGGGCAGAUAUUGUGGCGGCGCUCAUAUGUGGGCGCCCAGAGAAAGUUGAGCUCUUAGAACAGACAGCCGACUCUACACGGUGAGGAGAAACAGGCGUUUCCUCUCGUGUCUUUCUUUUGUGUCGUGCACUAGAGUGUCUCUAAGCAUAAUGUACUCCGACUUCGAUGGAAAAAAUCGAUGUCAUUCAAACAGCAAUCAGAUGUGGGUGCUUUCUUCGAGACACCAACCGAGACUUACAUCUGGGAGCCCCUCUUUGAGGCAGAGAGUCUGCCGUCUGGAUGAUAUUCGCAACAUUGGUUUACGGUGGGAGGAAAUACCGCACGACGGAAGUCUACGUGGUGGAAAGACACUGAAGAAGCAAUGUCGGUAGCCUGAUGUGUCCGUUUGAACCGUAGAAUUGGAAAAAUAGGGGAUCACCUUCUUCCGGUUGCUCCAGCCAGUUUGUUACGUGGGGAGAGUUCGCCGACAGAAGAGACAUUUCGAGGUUCACGGCUUCAUGCAGGCCGUUCUGUCGACGGAGUGUGAAUCUCUGCACUGAAUUGUUCACGAUGGACUACCGACGCUUUCUUUUGUAAGUGGAAGCAGUGCCUACCAACGAACUCGACGUGGUUCAGAAGUACCAGAUAAAUUAAGAGAUACUGGAGUCUUCUCAGUGUCUGUUUGUUGAUACACUCUUCUGCCGGUGGUAGGCUCACACGCAAUGGGCAGCAAACGUUGCAAGUGGAACACAUGAGCGUUAUGACAAUCACCGAGUCGCUCUUCUGUCUCGCCGUGUUUCGGCAAACCAGUAAAUCUUUCGUUCCGUUUCACUCCAGUGUAAAAGCACGCAUUUGACAUCAUGCAAAGGCUUCCUCGUUUGACAGUACCAUCGUACAUGUAUAAUGUUCAGUGGCACCACCUGUAACGGAGUACACCAUACAAGAGUCAAGUGUCAUCCGCAGGUACCACAGGCGAAGAAUCUACCUCAAAAUUCUUGUCGGGACGCCCCUCCCUCCAUACCGGUCACGAAGAACUUACGGACUGGUUCGUGACCGACCAGAAGCUGUUGAGCAAGUUCUUAGCAGUUUUUCGGGUGGAUCCCUUGCUCCGCUUUUACAGAGGUUGGAACGGUCAUCCACGAUCGCGUAUGAACAUCCAGGUUCCCUAAACGAGUUGUCCUCCGCGUACGACGCGUUUUUCACUCGACAAAGAUGCUUACAAGGGACACCCACAGCACCAGCCUUGUCGGAAUAAGGGAGUGCGUCAAGAAUGGCAGGGAGU